UUCAUUAGGACAUAUCCAACACAUACGCUUUCAUCCUCCAGUCUCUGAUUUUUGAUCUUUAGCCGUUAUGACGAUAGCAGUGACGAACGCCGGUUGCUUUGUUAAGGGUUCCUGAACGGAAACGUGAGACGAGGCUGGCGGCACAGAACGUCCAUUGCACUCUUAUAGAGUCCAAGCACACCACCUGCUAGGCAGGCAGAUCGAACAAGCCCAGCACCAAUCUUGAAGGCCAUUAGAGCCAUCCCAUCACAGAGCUCACUCGGGACUUCGACUCAACAUACUACCUACAGCACGUCAUGGAUUCACAAGUCCAACAGCUCGUCGAGCACACAUGGGAGAAGUUCUCAACCUACGACCUCUCCCAGCGCCUAUUGAUCGCCAUCUCCGGCAUCCCAGGCUCCGGCAAAACGACACUCGCGUCCAGUGUCGUCCACUCCCUCAACAAGAAACACCACGACUCACGCCACACGCUCUUCCCCAACAGUCCCGAAUCCGGCCCAUCAAGCCCGGACAUCGCCUUCGUCGUGCCCCUAGACGGCUACCACCUCACACGCAAGCAACUCGCCGCUCUGCCCAACGCCGAGGAAGCCAUAUUCCGCCGCGGCGCGGCCUUCACAUUCGACGCGCAAUCGUAUCUCGAAUUAGUCGAGAAACUACGCAGACCAAUCAUGCCCGAGACACCGACCAUCUACGCGCCCAGCUUCGAUCACGCUGUAAAGGACCCGGUGAGUAACGACAUUGCUGUCCCGCCCACUGCAAGGAUCAUUGUGUUCGAAGGCCUCUACACAGCGUUAGACGAAGAGGGAUGGCGCGACGCUCACGCUCUCAUGGACGAAAUGUGGUUCGUGGAGACGGACAUCGAGACGGCAACCCAGCGUGUGGCGAAACGCAAUUUCGGUGCUGGCAUUACCAAGACGUUCGAGGAGAGUUUAGCCAGGACGAAGGAGUCUGAUAUGCGGAAUGCAAGGGAUAUCUUGGACCACCGAUUACAUGUUGAUCAAGUCAUUCCUAGUGUCGAGGACGAGAGCUGGCGAAGCGAGGAAGUUGUGCAAGUCGAAAACGAGUUGGAAAGAAGCCAGACGCAGGCUGACAACGAGGCCAACGCGGAAGAGGUCAAACGCCAGCAGAUGAUGAGGAUGGAUAGUAUUGCUGAGUUGGCGGCUGAUGGGGUCGGAAUGUAGCGACUGCAUCUUCUCUGCGA